AUGCGGGCUAAAGCUAUCAGGCCAAAUAAUGAAGAAGCAGAGAGAGGAACAGCAGCUCUGUCAGCUUCAGAGAGAGAGGAGAGAGAUAGAGAGAGAGCUGGAGAUGAUGAAGAAGGAGUUGAUGAGAAUGAAAAAGAAGGAGAGGAAGCUGGAAAAGAAAUGGUUCCGAAGGGUCAGGAGUGUUUUAGAGACACAGUGAAAGAGAUCAGAGCCAUGAAGGAAAGAGUGAGAAAGAACGCCAUGGAGAUCCUGAGAUGCAAGGAGCAAGAAGAAGACCUGGAACAAGAGCUGGAGACAAUGAGAAAAAAAGUGCUAGAGAAAGAGCACAGAGAGGAGAUGACCAAAACACACGUGGAGAGAGAGAGCUUGCUUCUUCUUGAGCAAAUACAGAAAGAGAGACAGAUGAAGGAUUUGAAACAGAGGAAGAGAGAAGAGGCUCUGAAAACAGAGCUGGAAGAACUGAAGCUCAGAAUGGCUUCCAUAACGAGACACAGAGAGGAGAAGCAGCUCAAAGAGUUUAGCGUUCUGAGAGAGAGAGAGACAAAGGAGAGCAUAAGACCAAAGGACCGACAGAGAGAGGAAGAGAGGAAAUAUCAGACUGAGAAUGAAAGACUGGAACUGGAGGAAAGAAAGAGAGAAGAAGAACUGAAAAAGAAGCAAGAAAAGUUCAAAGAACUGCAAGAGAUGAGAAGAAAGAUGGAGGCACAGAUUGAGCUGGAGAGGAAGGCAGCGAAGGAGACAGAAAUGGCCAUUCUAGAAGAAAUGGAGAGAAAAAGAAAGAAUGAAAGACAAAAGAUGGAGAAACAGCUGGUGGAGAGACAAAAACGAAUGGAAAAAGAGCUCCAGAAACAGAGGCAAGCGGAAGCGCAACUGAGAGAGAUGGAGAGAAAGAUGAUGGAGAAAAGCAAAUUAGCUGCAGAAAGAGAAGAGAAAUGGCGAGAAAUGAUGAAAAAGCGAGAGGAAGAGUGGAAGUACAGAUAUCUGGCAAUGGAGAGAGCAAAAGAGGAAGAAAUGAGGGCUGAAAAAGAGAAAGCCCAAGAGAUAGAGAGACAGAUGGAUGAAGAAAGAGAGAAAGCAAAGAGAGAUCAUGAAAAGCAAAACAUGGAGAAAGAACGAGCACCAGAGACGAGAAGGCAGAUGGAAAUGAAACUGCAGGAAAGUUUUCACAUCCAGAUGGAGGAAAAGCUACAGAUUGAGCAGGAGUGGAGAGAGAAGGAGAGCAAGACAGAAGAAGUGGAGGCAAAGCUAGAUGAAGAAAGUCAGAAGCUAGGGAAGGAGGUGGAGGAAAGGAAGAAAGAGACAGAGUGGGAGAAAGACAUGGUAGUAGAAAAGAUUAAGGAGAAGGAAGAACAUCUGAGAGACAUGGAGAGAAGGCUGGAAGGAAGGAGAGAAAUGACAGAUGUGAAACAAGAGAUAGAACUUAAACAAGAAAUGCAGUUUAAGGAGAACGUAAAAGAAGUGGACAAAGAGUCUGAGGAGCAGAAAGACAGAAAGGAGCAAAGGGAUGAAACUAAAAUGAGAAGAGAAAUCAAGAUUGAGGAAGACAAAAGUGGAAACGUGUCAAAGGAGAGGGUGCCCAAUCUGGAUGAAAUUACGAUAAAGAAAGAAAAUGAAACGCCAGAGGUAGACAAACAACUGACCGAGAUAAAGAGAGAGAUGGAGGAGGAGAAGCAAAAAGAGGAACGUCUGCUCCAAGAAACAGUGAAUCCGAGAGAGGAGGACCAACAGAAAGAGUGGAAAGAACAUCAAAUGGAGAUCCAGAAAAUAAAGGAGGCGAGGCAGGAACACAUGGACAGAGAAAAGCGUCGGAAGAGAGAGAUUCUGAAAAGAAUGUUUGCUCCCGGAGUGAACUUUUUUAGAUCAGAAGAGGGAGAUCGGCGCAGGGGCUUUGGAGGCAGAAGAAGGAACAAAUGCCUCAAUGAGGAAAAACAACAAGAGAACACUGAGCUGGAGAACGAGCAAGAUAAUCUCCAGCAACCAAGCUGGCCAGUUUCUCCAAAUGGAGGAGGCCUGCUGAUAAGUGUGACGCCCCUCAAUCCAUGUCCAGAACCUGCGGAGGAACCCAAAGACACUCCCUCUCCAGCAGCUACUGAGGAUGGUGUGGAGGAACAGCAGAGCAACGCUGGCGCUGAGGAAACCGGCCCACAGCAUCAGACUGAGCCACAAAAAGAGACUCAGUCCCACACCCGAUGACUCAGAGGAUAAACUCACCAUGGUGGAAACCACAAAGGAGUUUGUGCUGCGACCGCUUGCACCAGGUGCUACGGUCAAGUGCUGCAUA